GGGUGAACUAACCCUUUAAAGCAUACUUUUAUUCUGUGGCAUUUAAUUCAGUUUGAGUGCUGUAUGUUUUGUUCUUGUUUCUUUGUAUCUCUGUUGUUGUUUAUUUUAUGAUUUUGGUUGUACAACACUUUGGUCAACCUCUGUUGUUUUAAAUGUGCUAUGAAAUAAACGUGACUUUGACUUUGUGGUGUAAUAAUACUACAAACAAAAUUAUUUGUAUGUGAUUUCGUUAUACCGCCUUUCUGUAAAAGCAUGUUAGUUUCCUUAUCCAUCAAGGCACGGACGGGGUUCGAACCCGCGAUCUUCGGUUUACGAGACCGACGCCUUACCACUUGGCCACCGCGCCUGAUGGCCAACAGGGCGUAAAUAACGUUAUUUGAUCUAGUUUCGACGGAACGAAAACAAUGAUUAAACACUUGUUCUCAUGUUUAGUUCUUUCUUCCAUGUGAGUUCACACCUCUAGUACAUGUUAUAGAAGCGAUCUAACGACCCAGGUUAUUUUAUCCCCUCUGCCGACACAUCCGGCAACGUUAGACGUUGGAUUGGAGGUUUCCCGGAUGUGCAGCAAUUCAAAUCGAGAAUGAAUUUAUCGCCUACAUCACACAGUAUGUGUCAUUAAUUUAAUUUUAAAUAUGUUUCCAGUAAUCCACAGUAUUUCCCAGGAAUAUGAAUGAUUUUUGUAUCUUGUACAUAUGCAUUAGUUGAUCCUAACAGUGAAAUAGAUAAGACGACGUGGCACGAACUAACAUAUAAUAAUUAUUAUUGGCACUUUCCACAAUACGGGCUAAAACAUACAUUAUUUUAUAUCUCCUUUUCAUCAAAAUGGAAACAGCUUAACCUUUAUCAACUUUUUUAAUGUAUUUAUUCUCCAUUUAAUUCCAAAAAUUGGAACAUGUAUAAAUACAAUUUAAAUAUAAACCUUGAUUGCUUAUCUAACAAUAAACAGACAUCAAAUAUAAAACAGACAAGAUGUAAUAAAUGCAUAAAAUCUAGUAGUGUAGCUUGAUUCCCUAAAAAGUUGGUAUUUUCGUGGCUGUUACUGCCAAAUCAAGAGAUUGGAGGGAAUAAAAUACCAUUGCGAAUGCCAUUAACAUAUCUAAACAAGAAUAUCAUUUCCCCACAGCUGCUCAUUAUUGUUUAUUAUUUGUGGCAUAUGCUAUAUCAGAUCUCAACAGUAGAUAGUCUAUCAAUGCAACACACACAACUAAGUUUGAUCAGUCAAAAGUCUUGAACUGGAGAAGCAGGGCGUCUCAAAACCUUUGAGUAGUAAAAGUGCUACUCUUCUGUUAGUUUAAUUUGAAAGAGUGACUAUCAAACAAAACGUCAACUUAAAUACUAUGUCUACCGAUAAAUAUUUAAUAUAACUAGGGGCCAGAAUGUACACCCUGUCCCUUUUUUUUCCUCUCGCCACACUGUAUCUACUCUGAAAAACGAAUUUCCCGCGAAAAUAUAAUAAGCGAAACCGAAGGCAGCGCUCACUCUCUACCAAACUUGACUGCAAUGUCCAAACUCGAGGCUUUAUCAGCUGUGUGGAAUACCUUCAAGAAGGAGGGCGGGUAAUAUUCACGGCACUUUCCACUUCAGCCUGUUUCCCCAUAGGGCACAAAGCCUCUGGGAUUACUUAUAUAUUCUCAAUAAGUCAACAGCGGCGCAUUUCUCUUCGCAACACCACAGUGGACUGCUUUACUUUCUGCUGCGGCUGUUUUUUUUUGUGUUGCAGUCGGCGUUCGACUAUCGCGUGGAAUUCGAAUUAUGAUCCGAUAAGAGUUCGCGAGCGCUCGCGGGUUUUACACGUCGAUGCCGCGCUGUUUCUACGUGUGCAUUUGUGUUGUCGCGAAUUCCAUCCGGUCUGUAAAUCAAACUGAACUGCCGGCUCGUUGAUGUUAACUGUUACUUUGUUGAGGGGGCGAACCGGUCUCGGCUGCUCUCCCUUUGUUUGGACUCAGGACUCUGCUGAAUCCGCUGGGGUUCCGUUUCAAACAUCUCAUUCGACCGCGAACGCUAUUUUAGGAUGGCCCCACAAAAGCACGGCUCUGGUGGAAACGGUUUUUAUGCCAACAGCACGAGUAAAGCUGCUAAUGGAGGAGCGCACGUAUCGUCCGGUGUUCUGAUGCCUUCAGUCAAGCGACCCAAGAUGGAGCAGAUCCAAGCCGACCACGAACUCUUCCUGCAGGCGUUCGAGAAACCAACUCAAAUAUACAGAUUUCUUCGCACAAGGAAUCUCAUAGCCCCAAUCUUCCUGCACAGAUCUCUUACAUAUAUGGCCCAUAGAAACUCAAGAACAAAUUCAAAAAGAAAGUGCUUUAGUGUGAACGAUCUGCUAUUCAAAGUAGAGAAGUCAAAAGUGGAUCAGGAAUCUCACAAUAUGUCUUCAAACCUGCAGCUCACUUUCACUGGAUUCUUCCAUAAAACUGAGAAGCCAUUGCAGAACUCAGAGAAUGAAGAAAACUCGGUGUCUGUAGAAGUGCUGCUCGUCAAGGUCUGCCACAAGAAGAGAAAGGAUGUGAGUUGCCCAGUGAAGCAAGUACCUACAGGUAAAAAGCAGGUGCCUCUGAACCCAGAUAUCAGUCAGACCAAGCUGGGAGCUUUUCCCACACUGGUAGUGCCCAGCCAUGAGUUUGAACCCAGUAACAGCCACAUGGUGAAGUCCUACUCCCUUCUGUUCAGAGUGUCACGUCCAGGGGGGAGAGAGCUCAACGCCAUGACCACCAGAGAUUCCAAUGUUAUUGAAGAGCUGUCUAGCAGGAAGAAGAGAUACUGCUCUCAUCAGGAUGAUGGGGAAACAACAUUUAUGGCACAAAUGACAGUUUUUGAUAAAAAUAGACGCCUCCAGCUUUUGGAUGGUGAGUAUGAAGUCUCCAUGCAAGAGAUGGAGGAGAGUCCUGUAGGCAAGAAAAGGGCAACGUGGGAAACCAUACUAGAUGGGAAGUGGCUUCCACCCUUCGAGACCUUUUCUCAGGGACCCACACUGCAGUUCACUUUGAGAUGGACCAACGACACUACUGACAGAGGAACGGCACCAGUGGCCAAACCGCUUGCCACACGCAAUUCUGAAUCUAGCACAGUAGACAGCAGCAAACCUAGUAAUGUAAAGCCGCCACAAGCAGUAGCUGUUAAUGAUUCAGUUGGCACUGAUCUACCAGUAAGAAGAGAACAAACUCAUGUUGAACCUCGUCAGAAAAUACGUGUUUAUUAUCAGUUCCUCUACAACAAUAACACACGGCAGCAGACGGAGGCCAGAGAUGACCUGCACUGUCCCUGGUGCACGUUGAACUGCCGUAAACUCUACAGCCUCCUCAAGCACCUCAAGCUCUCACACAGCCGCUUCAUCUUCAACUAUGUGCCUCAUCCUAAAGGAGCCAGGAUAGAUGUGUCGAUUAAUGAAUGCUAUGACGGCUCUUAUGUGGGCAACCCUCAGGACAUUCACUGCCAGCCUGGCUUUGCCUUCAGCCGUAACGGCCCAGUAAAGAGGACUCCAGUUACGCACUUCCUUGUCUGCAGGCCCAAGCGCUCAAAGCCCAGCCUCUCUGAGUUCCUGGAGCCAGAAGAUGGAGAACAGGAGCAGCCACGGACGUACAUCAGCGGCCACAACCGCCUGUACUUCCACAGUGACAGCUGCGUGCCGCUUAGACCACAGGAAAUGGAAGUGGACAGUGAGGAUGAGAGGGACCCAGAGUGGCUCAGGGAGAAGACCGCUAUGCAAAUCGAGGAGUUCACAGAUGUCAAUGAGGGAGAGAAAGAGGUCAUGAAACUGUGGAACCUGCAUGUAAUGAAACAUGGAUUCAUAGCUGACAACCAAAUGAAUCAGGCCUGCGUGUUGUUUGUGGAGCAGCAUGGCACUACCAUUGUCGAGAAGAGUCUGUGCCGGAACACUCUGCUCCAUCUGGUCAGCAUGCACGACUUUGGCUUAGUGAAUACAGUGACUAUAGACAAGGCCAUGGCUCACCUAAGAGAUCUAAAACAGCUAAAAGACAGCCAGGAGCAAUCCAAAACGCAAGACGGUGCUCUUGGCGGAUCCAGUGCCGAUGGCAAAGUCAGCGUAUCAAAUUUAUCCAAGACCCAGAAUCACUGAAACCACCUCCUUUGUCAGUGGGCGUCAAAUGCCCUCUGGAUGUGACAACCACCACUUUCUGCACUCACAGGGUUAAAGAUGUCUAGUUAGGAACAGGUUGUGUGGUGAUUUGAUCAGACGUCAUCAGAGUUCAAAGCAACUCUAGAUUCAGAUUACUUGAAGAUGCCAUUAGUCUUUAUGAUGAACCAUAAGCAGGUCAUUUCUGAUUUGUCGCUACCCACACAACCCUGUAGCUCUAGCAAGUUUUUAGCACUUGUUUUAGGUGCCUGUUUUUUAAAGGACUAUGAAAAGAUUUUUUUAAUAUAUUUUGAGUAAUGAUGGAUGGAAAUGGCUCCUAGAAACUUGCUUUUAUUGCAUAUUUUUCACAAGGGUUGAUCAACUCAUUCUGAAAACUUGAACAUUUUAGUUUUGCUGGUGUAUAGUGAAUUUUUUUUUUUUUUUUUUUUCCUCUCCUCUUUGUGGUGGCUAAAGUAAAAAAAAAAAUAUUCACAUCAGUGUUUCACCACACUUGAAUACUUCAAAUGACUUUUUUCUUUGGAAUCUCGGAUUGAAGAAUAACCAUCAGUGCUGCAGGCUGUCUACGUCUACACUGCAUUUUUUUUUUUAUAUAUAUAUAUUUUUUUUUAAUCAAGUUUUUCAGAGCCUUAAUUCCAACACAGAUACAUACAGGUACAGGGUACUGAAAACAUAGUGGGCUGGGAUGCUUUGCAGAAAUGUUUACACUUGCCUUACCCAUGGAAACAUGGCCUCUAAGCAGGGUUUUAACUUUUGAUGUAAAUUGGUGUGAACAGGUUUCUUUUACUCUUGUUUGAAUUUCAUUGACUCUUUACUGCACACAAUACUGUCCAGUUCCACCUAUUACGAUACUUUAGUUUUCUCUCAGUGCUUCUACUCUGCUGUAUCCAACAGUUUACUUUGGUUCCACUUGUCUUUCAUGGUGCCCAUUUGUUUUAUUUUCAGGUGUUUCUGAAGAAACUUGUUGUAACAUGUACAUAAAUUUAGGCUUUGCUGAAGGUGACUGCAUUCCAGAAGGAAGAUUGUUUUAGACCAAAGUGAAAUGGCUACAAAUUGUUUGUCUAGUUUGUUUCAAGUCAGAAAUGUAAGUCUUCAUAGUUGUUUUUUUUUUUAAAUUGUUGUUGUAUGCAUCUGUUUUUAAAAAAAGAAAGGGAUAUGUUUGUAAAACAUUACUGCUUUAUUUAGCUAAAACUGUGCACUGGUUUUAAAAAAAAGUUUUUGGUCAAUAUUUGAGAUCAAUUACUUAACUGGCUGAGAGCGGUUGCCUAACUGCGAAUGUGUAACACUCACUAACAGCAUCAAUUACACAAGAUGUGGAUUACUGAUAUAAAUUAAUGUCAAAAAAAGAUAUUUAUAUCAAGACUAUGAUAGGAACAUAAUGAAACCUGCUUGAGUUUCUAAAUUAUGCUGAAACAAGUGCUUCAGGUGGUUCUUUAUUUAAAAUAAAGAUUUUUUUUGUUUGUUUUACAAUUGA